GAAUUUAUUUUCUCUUUCUCCGCCACAACACUCGCGAACGUUACUUCUAACAACUUUCUUUUGUCAAGAGGGGAUUUUGUUGCGAUCGACUUCUACUGCUCCUGCUGUUGGGUCUUUCUGCUGGGAGAGGAUAAGAGGGACUAUUACGAUUGGGAUUUGAUCGAGAGGGAAGAACUUGGGGUUAGUGGUUCUAUUCACUACUACACGACGACAAAGACUUCUGGACACGUACUUUCUUCGACAACCAACACACACAAACAUGCCGGAUACCGAGCCAAAGCCGGCUGACGAGGUGAUGGCUGCUGGGGAUGAUGAGACGAAUGAGGAGGAAGAGAUCUCGGCCAUGAAGCGCCGCGUCGCAGAGAUGGAAGAAGAAGCAGCCAAGCUGCGCGAGAUGCAAGCGUCCCUCGACCAACAAAGCUCCGAGAUGCACGACGACAAGGAGGACAUCGACAGCCGCUCCAUCUUCGUGGGGAACGUGGAUUACGCCGCGUCGCCGGAGGAGAUCCAGGCGCACUUCCAGAGCUGUGGGUCGAUUAACAGGGUUACGAUCUUGUUGGACAAGUUUACGGGACAGCCGAAGGGGUACGAUUUCCGAUUUGCUUUCUUUUUCUUUUCUUUUGGUUCAUCGUGGUGGUGGUGGACAAUGGGGAUGGGGAUGGGGGGAGUGCGCUGCCUGGCAAGAGAUGGAUGCUAAUGAGGUGGUGCAGGUACGCGUAUGUUGAGUUCACGGAGCCGGCCUCUGUGGCGCAGGCGUUGGUGCUAAAUGAGAGCUUGUUCCGCGGGAGGAACCUCAAGGUCGACCCGAAGAGAACGAACAUCCCGGGCAUGACGAGGGGUCGCGGCCGUGGACGCGGGGGAAGGGGAGGCUUUGGGAGGGGUGGA